UUCCUCCCACUCCGGUCGACGUCAAACUCGGGAUCUACCACGGCCCAACUCCCACCUCUUGCUUCAGGGGAGGGGCUCUUUUUCACUAUGCCUCCACUGGGCGUCUUCUGCUCCCUGUGGGUGAGAAAGAGGUUAAUCACUCGCCAGUGAUUAAAUUAUCUUUAAGGUUGCAGGUGGUCCGAGAGGCUUAAUUAGUGGAAAGAAAGUCUGUAAUCGAAGCCCAAACCCUUCUCUUUCUCCUUUCCCCCCUCCUCACGGAAUGUGCUCUGGUUAGUUCCGCCGGGACUCACGGUGGCCCCGCCCCCUCUCCCUUGUCAUUGAUGUUGUUGUUCUUGUCAGUGCCGCAGCAGCGACAGCAGCCAGGAGCCCGAGCCAGAGCCGCCUGGGCAGCGCGGCGGCGGCGGGAGAAGGAGGAUCCGAGUGCCGGCGGUCGGCGGCGGGUCUGGAUGGCUCUCUGUGGGCAAGCGGCGGGCGCUUCGUCGCUGCCCAGCGAGCUCAUCGUGCACAUCUUCUCCUUCCUGCCGGCGCCCGACAGGCUGCGGGCCUCGGCCUCCUGCUCUCACUGGCGCGAGUGCCUCUUCUACCCGGCGCUCUGGCCCCAGCUCCGUCUCAGCCUUCGCGUCUCGCCGGCCGAGCGUCCCCGACUCGAUUUCCUUAUGCGCAAGUGCGGCUGGUUCGUCCGGGAGUUGCGUGUCGAGUUCGCCGCGGAGAAUUACCUGAGCAGCGGCGGCGGGGGAGCUGCUGGAGGUGGCGGCGGUGGUGGUGGAGGCGGCGGCGGCGGCGGCGGCGGCGGUACGGAAAGCGACCCGGGGAUUGGAGGCGGCGGGGAGGAGGCCGAAUCUCUGCAGCUCUCCACUGGCUGGCUAGAUGUGCUGCGCACUUACCUGGAGCUGGUGCUGUGCGUCCUAAGCAGUAUCCGGAACAACAGGAACCUCCAGAAGUUUAGUCUUUUUGGAGACAUAAGUAUUCUGCAACAGCAAGGAAGUUUAUCAAAUAUAUACCUCAGCAAGGUGGACCCAGAUGGCAAAAAAAUUAAGCAAAUUCAGAAGCUGUUUGAAGAAAUAUUGGGUAAUAGCAGGCAACUGAAAUGGCUGUCUUGUGGGUUUAUGUUGGAAAUAGUAACACCCACAUCACUGUCAUCUCUCUCAAACCCUAUUGCCAACACCAUGGAACACCUGAGUUUACUGGAUAACAACAUCACUGGUAACACUACUCUUAUCACCGCAGUUGAAUUGGAGCGCUUUGUGAAUCUGCGCUCACUCGCCUUGGAUUUCUGUGAUUUUACAGCUGACAUGGCAAGAGUCUUGGCUGAUAACAACCAUGUGCCUUUGCAUCGACUGUCUCUCAUAGUACAUAAUAUUUCUCUGAUGAACAAGUCUCUGGACAACAUGCCAGAAGAUGAAAAUUGGAAGGCCCUAACACGAAAUAGCACUAGCCUUCGGGUUUACAUAAUGGCUUUUGAUAUCAAGAGUGAUGACAUGCUUAAGAUUCUUAAACCCAGUAUACCACUAGAGAGGAUUCAUUUUGAUAGCUACAUCACUUGUGUUUCAGGGGCUGUUGUUGACUUGAUAUCCAGGCAGUAUGACAAGUUCCUCACUCAUUUUAUAUUAAUGAAUGAUGUGAUUGAUACAUCUGGUUUUCCAGAUCUUAGUGACAACAGAAAUGAAGAUCCUUUGGUUUUAUUAGCAUGGAGGUGCACAAGGCUCUCCCUUUUGGCAGUUCAUGGUUACACAGUGUGGGCUCACAACCUCAUUGCCAUUGCUCGUCUUCGUGGCUCUGACCUUAAAGUGCUUGAAGUCACCGAGGAAAGCAUUGAUUUUGAUCAAGGUGAACUGGCUGAUCAGGAUGUGGAUCCCGUGCAUAACCUUAUUGAGCAGGUAUCGCUAGGCCUGGGCCGACCUUGGCAUGCUGUUAUGGACAUCGAAUCUCUCAGUGUCUUCACUGAACCAAAUCGUCAUUUUUAUAGAGAAAUGCAAAGCUUCAGCGAAGGCGUCUAGCUUUUUUUAUUUACAAUUCCUGUGGUUACAUAUGCAAGUAGGGUCUUAUUAUGUUUUUUCAGUAGUGUGAAUUAACCCCUUUGUGCUGUGUUUAAUCAGUAUUAGCUAUAUAGAAUUAUAUAUGUAUGUUCUACUUCUUGAUCAAAGAACGUAGUCGGGUAUUGGUUUAGAAGUUGAAAGUGACAAUUUGUAGGGUUUUCACGGUUAAUGAAUUUGUCUACAAAACCUUAAAGAGAUACAAGCUAUGGUUGUCUGAGGUUGCUGGCUAACUUUAUUUUUCAUUGCAUGACUCUGCAUUUUCAUUUUCUUUUUCUAUUGUGAGUCAGAGUUCUGUGCUCUGGAGCCAAAGUUUUUUUUUCCUACACGUAUAUAGAUAUAUCCAUAAUCUGGUGUGUUUGUAUGCAAUGCAUUAUAGUCGUGCAUUUUAAUAGCAUGUCAUUGAUUUUUUUUGAAAUUUCAAAGAGGAGAGAAAGAAUAUGAUCCUAAAUGAGUUCCCUUUAACAGAAAAGCAAAGGCUUUAAUUUGCAUCACAUGUAAUAGUUGAUAUUAACCAUUGCCAUUCUAAUUUUUGUAAUAUAAAACAGUAAGCUAAACACCACUUUAUCCUUUUAAAAAUUACUUGCACAAACAAGAAAACUCAAAUCAUUGGAUUUUUUUAUUUGCUCUUUUUGGUGUGCUUUAAUUUGAUCUUGUUGGUGUGCUUUAAUUUGCUCUUUUUUGUGUGCUUUAAUUUGUUCUUCAUCCAAUUACGCUGUUUAAGGUAAAAGUUAGCUUUUAGCCCAGAUUUCAAAUAGUAGUUGGAAAAAGAAUAUAUAAUUUAUGGUCAAAACUCUUUAAAAGAAAAAUCACAACAGAUAUAAAAACAUGCUUGCAAACAAAUAUUGGUCGUGAAAUCCCUUACAAGUCACUGGAUUUUUCUCUGUCAGCGCCUGUGUCAGCUGCCAAAGAGUAGAUUAAAAACGAAGAAGUGCCCACAUGCUGGCAGGGGUGGGCCAAUUUGGCCAGCCAAAUACUGCUAGAUUGUAAUAUAUAAGGUCGAAUUUCGACCUGUGGUACACAGCUGUGCUGUGGCUCAGUCAGCAACCUCAGAACUCUUAAACAUGCACCUGUUUCACUGUGAAUAGUGAAUGUAAAGAAAGGAAAAACUAAAGCUUGUUCUAUCAAAGGUAUGAGCUGCUAUGAUGCAUGAAGAACAUUCCAUGACGUAUGUUUUAAAAUCUUGUUAUAUCUGAGAGGCUUUAAAAGCCGAUUUAACUGUUUCAGGGCAACCGCGGUACAGACGUGGUCUCUGUGAGACUUCCACCUGACCCAAGUUUUAAGUGGUACGAAUGUUGUGCAUUUAAUGUUAAAGGACAGUCUGCAAUAAUAAAGUAAGUAGCCAAUAUGGGUGCCCAGCAGUGCUGAGACCUGGCUGCUCUAUUGUAAGCUUUGGAAAACACAAUUUAUGCAACAGAUGUCCAGAUAUGAUUCUAUUUAUGGAAAAUUUAUAUGUGUUUUGCAAAUAGUUUUACCAUCUCAUAUUAAAAUGACCUUUUGACAGGUGUGCGCUGUUUUGUCUCCAGUGAGCACAUACCAUGCGGAUUUUAUAUGUACAUCAGUAGAGUGAAUCCACUGGCACAGUAUGUGUAUAUGCCAGAUGUGGUGAGAUUUUAUCUGAUAAAUGUGAUCAAAUUUAAAUUAACUCCUGACAGAAACUGUAAGGAAAACCACCUGAAUGUUUGACCUGAUGACUGAUGUUGUAUGGUUUAUGUUAAAUGUAUAUUCUUUUAAGUAAUGAAUAAAGCAUUAAAAAUUGA